AUGGCGCUCUUCAACCUUAUCUUCUCUCCCCUCGCCCUCCCCGCUACCUUAUUAGCCCUCCUCUCCCUCUACCUGAUCCCGUACUUCUUCACCUUCUCUCACCUACGCCGCAUCCCCUCUCCUUUCCCCGCCCAGUUCACCAACUUCUGGCUCCUCUACACCUGCCGGCGCGGUAAACGCUACGCCUACGUGGACGCCGUGCACGCGCGCCUGGGGCCUGUAGUGCGGAUCCAGCCGAACCACAUCAGCAUCGCAGAUGACGCGGCAAUUCCGCUCGUGUACGGGCACGGCAACGGGUUCCUCAAGUCGAACUUUUAUGAUGCGUUCGUGUCGAUUCGGCGGGGUUUGUUCAAUACCAGGAGUCGGGCCGAGCAUACUAGGAAACGGAAGGUCAUUUCGCAUACGUUUGCGCCUAAGUCGGUGGGUCAGUUUGAGCCGUAUAUUAUGGAGAAUUUGGAGGUUUUUACGAGAAAGUGGGAUGGGAUUGUGGAGAGGACGGGGAAUCAUAGCAACGGAUGGGCGCAGGUGGAGUGUCUUGAGUGGUUUAACUUCGUAGCAUUCGACACCAUCGGCGACCUCGCCUUCGGCGCCCCCUUCGGCAUGCUCGAAGCCGGCGCCGACAUCACUGAGAUUCGGCACUCACGCGACGCAGCACCCAUCUACUCCCCGGCAGUCGAGAUUCUAAACCGCCGCGGCGAAGUAUCUGCCACGCUUGGUAUCUAUCCCCAGCUGAAAGCCUACGCCAAGUGGCUCCCGGACCCCUUCUUCAGCAACGGUCUCACCGCGGUACAUAAUCUCGCCGGUAUCGCCAUCGCCCGAGUCACAGAGCGCUUGGAAAGUCCGCCAGAUAUCAACCGCAAGGAUCUCCUUUCCCGUUUGCAGGAGGGCCGCGAUGAUAAAGGGGAACCACUCGGCUUUGAGGAGUUGACUGCGGAGGCGCUGACGCAACUUAUUGCGGGGAGUGACACUACGAGCAACUCCUCAUGUGCGCUGCUGUACCAUGUGACAAGGACUCCAGGUGUACUUCCCAAGCUUCAGGCAGAGCUGGACGCUGCUAUUCCGAAUGAUACGAAAGUCCCCUCGUAUGAAAUGGUCAGGAACUUGCCUUACUUGGAAGCCGUCAUCAACGAGACCCUGCGUCACCAUUCAACCUCGGGAAUCGGGCUGCCGAGGGAGAUACCACCUGACUCUCAGGGGCUGCAUUUCCGCAGUCAUUAUUUUCCGCCGGGAACAGUGCUGAGCGUGCCCACGUAUACGAUCCACCACUCGAAGGAGAUUUGGGGCCCGGACGCUGACGAAUUCCGGCCGGAGAGGUGGUCUACUAUAACGGAGCGCCAGAAGAAUGCUUUCAUCCCUUUUAGUUACGGGCCUCGAUCAUGUGUGGGGAGAAAUGUGGCGGAGAUGGAGAUGAAGAUGAUUGCCGCGACGUGGGCGAAGCGGUACGAUGUCGAGCUGAGGCAGGAUCUUAUGGAGACGCGCGAGGGGUUCCUUCGCAAGCCGUUGGGUUUGGAAAUUGCGCUCAAGAAGCGGGAAUUGUGA